GGGCACGCCAGGAUUUGACUGGAUUCUGGUUGCCUGAUGGAGAUUACUGAGACGGCAGGAAAACAUUCGCGCUUUUGCUUUUCUUUCUCUAAGUGGUACGUUUGGCGUUCUACUGUAUAUAUCUGAUAACCCUAAACUGGACCUUUUGCAUAUCGUUUAAUCGGACGGGAAUAUAAAGUGGUCAUACGGGACAAUUGAAUUUGUGUUCAGCCAGUGCACCGGCUUCAGGAUUUGAACCACAGGGUACACGCGCUUCUUUAGCCUCAAUCUUGCGAAUGACUUGCACAUUGGAUUUAACUUCAGGAAAGUUUAACAUCUUUUCGGAAGUACGUCGAUAUUGUAUCUCCCACAUUGUGCGAUGUGUUGAAUCGCACGGGUGAAUAUUUUCAAGAAUUAAAAAACAACAACGUGGAGCUUUUAAAUUUCUGUUCUAUGUGGAUUACAAGAAUAUGCUGACAUUAAUUUAGUAAACACAUUCAUAUGAUCUUGCGUAUCUUCACUGCGCUUAGUCAAAUAUACAACCUUUUUUGUUAUGAUGACCUGGAGCUGAGACUGGAAAUAAAGGACUCUCGAACUAGCAGAAGAGCGGUUCGGGCUGUUGGAACAUGAAUUCAGUUACUGGUCUAUUUGUUUUAAGUGUGUUGCUGUGUUCAACGUUAUCGUCCUGGAGCGCAACUGUCAACAGUAAUGGAGCAGAAUUUCCAAGACUGAGUGGAUUUGGCAAUUUAAGCACCUUCCUGUUGCACAGUGAGUCUGGGAUGCUCUACCUUGGUGCACGUGAUGCAGUCAUUGUCGUGGAUACUGCUAAACUUUCAAAGAAAAUGAUUGAGUGGAGUGUUCCAGAGGACAGGAGAAAAUCUUGUGUUGCUAAAGGAAAAACAGAGGAUGACUGCAGGAAUUAUGUUCGUUUGCUGGAGUUUUUGGACGAUGGCCGCAUAUAUGCCUGUGGAACAUUUGCUUUUGACCCUCAGUGUGCUUUUAUUAACAUCUCUACAUUCUCUCUGGAGAAACAGGAUGAUGGUUUUAUAAAGAUGGAGACCGGGAAGGGGAAAUGCCCCUUUGAGCCUAGCCAGCCUUACACUGCAGUCAUGGCAGGAGGUAUUCUGUACACUGCUGUCACUAGUAAUUUUCUUGGCACAAUGUAUGACAUUUCCAGAGCAACAGGCAUCGAGCAGGAACGCAUCCGAACUGAGCAAUCAAUCAACUGGCUUAGUGAUCCCGAGUUUAUUAGUUCUGCAUUCAUUCAAGAGGAUGCAAAGAACAAUCCUACUGGUGAAGAUGACAAAAUUUACUUCUUCUUUACUGAGGUGGCUAAAGAAUAUGACCUCUACACCAAAGUCAAAGUGCCCAGAGUAGCCAGAGUCUGCAAGUCUGAUGUAGGUGGUAUGAAGACUCUGCAGAGACGAUGGACGACAUUUCUGAAGGCACAGCUGGUGUGUGAAGAUCGAGCAAGUGGACAGCGAUUUAACAUUCUGACUGAUGUAUUCACUGUACAGCACCAACCUGGAGACCCCAGCAGCACACACUUCUAUGGCAUAUUCACCUCACAGUGGGAAAGAGAGGAGCUGUCAGCCGUGUGUGUGUACAGUCUAGAGGAGAUUACUAAGGUGAUGAACGGACCCUUUAAAGAGCUAAAAAAAAGCUGUGAGAACUGGAUUAACCCAGAGCCCAUACCAACACCACGACCAGGACAGUGUUUGAAUAGUGAUCAGAGGGAGCUGGGAUUUGAGUCUUCACUGAAGCUGCCAGAUAAAGUACUUACUUUCAUGCGAGAUCACCCUCUUAUGGAGAACAGUGUGGUAGCAGUGCCUUUGAUGAUCAGAUAUGGUAUCACAUAUACUAAACUGGCUGUUACCUUAACACCGGCAUUCAGUGGCCAGAAGCAACACAUCACAACUGUUUUGCACCUUGGAACAGAUCAUGGAGAGCUACACAAAGUCGCUGUAGUUGGUCCAAAUGCAACUCUUAUUGAAGAAAUAACCCUGUUCUCUGCUCAGGAGCCUGUGAAUAAUAUAUUGCUAUACAAAGGUGAGGCUGUUGUGGGCUCUCCUCACUCUCUAGUGAAGUUACCUAUCUUGGGUUGCUCCUUGUACUCUUCUUGUGAGGUGUGUGCGCGAGCCGGGGGCCUUGGCUGCAUUUGGAGGCAUAAUAGGCCAGCUUGUGCUAUGGCAAAGCCUGGUGAAGUGGUGGAAGCAGAAGAUUUGGUAAGGCAAUGCAACAAACGUGAAGGUCUCUGCUCUCCGCCCGUUAUUGAAAUGCGUGUUGUAGAGGGUCUGCGAGUUCUCCUUUCCUGUGUGCAAUUGUCACCUCGUCCCUGCCACUGGGAUCAUCCACCUGGGAGUCACACCCGCCACCACAAUUAUGAUCUGGAGGUGCAGAUUACAAACAAGAGUCUGGGCAUCUAUGUGUGCCUAUGUGAUGAAGCGGGCAGAGACCAGCCACCCUGUCGCAAAGCUGUGUAUCAGCUGACACUUGACAACCCCAGAGUGGAGGGUAACAAAGCCAUUGCAGGUAGCCGACAUUUUAUGGCCUCGCACAUAUUUCUUUUUGUUAUAGGUUUCAUGCUGGGUGGCAUCCUUUUGUUUCUAAUUUACAAACGGCAAGGUGGCAUGACAGUAGGUGGAAACUCAUCAUCCACACUGGAAAAGGGACGGGACCUUCUUCAUUCUACAGACACCCCUCAGUCUCCAAGCAGUGCUAGUCUACUGUCUGAGGCUGUUCCAAUAACAGAGAAAAGGAAUGGGACACUGAAUGGCCACGGACACAGUAUGCACCCAGGUGGUCACAAUGGCAGGCACAUUUAUACCAAUUCCAGUGGGCUAAAACUGCAGGAAUCAGCUGUGAACUUGGCAGAUGAGCUGGAUGGUAGGGAAAGAGCGGGGCCAGAUGGAGAGGAGGAAGGACUGGAGGAGGGGCUUAGUGAGAUGGAGGAGGCGUUUUCUAAGAUGCCUUGUCUACAAGGAGCACCACUUGCACAAUGUGAAGAAAGCUCUAUCUGAAGAGACACGCAUGAUUUAAGGCUAGACUCCUAAAGUCUCAGAAACAGGUGUAGGGCUGGAGGAGAAGACAAUCACAGAAACUGAUACCAAUAGAGAUAUGUAGGUUCAGUCAUGCUCCUUUUCAUCACCACCCAGUUCAUUUAUUCCUGUGUACAUAACAUGCUGUGUAGAGUUGUUUGUCUUUUCUGUAUGUGUUUGGUCAUGAGGAGCAUACUCAUUAAUAUCUUUUAACAUGUUUGUGCUCAAAGCAAUUAACACACAUGUGACCUUUCAGUCGGUGCAUCCAUCUGUGUGUAGUCAAGUAGUUUAAGCAUAUUUUUCUUCUUUUAAUUAAAAUAUAAAAGGGGGAAACAACAGGCUAGAACAGCUCAAAAAUCAAGAAGAAUCUUGUUGAUCCUGGCCUGAUGUGUUUGCUUUGUGAUUUGUUGCCAAAAACGGUUCCUCUGUGAUGAAUGAAUGAUGGAAGCCUGAUUUUCGCCCGAGAGAUAAAGUGAUCCGAGUACUUCUAAUGUAGAUACUGUGGCCUAGUUACUGACAGGGAAAAGAGCGUAAAGGUGACCCCAGACUGUCUGGGCCUCUUAGUGUUGGAUAUUUAAAGAGUAUGCCAAGAUAAAUCAAACUUCAGUCCUGACCUAUCAUGCCCAAGACCAAUUGGGUUAAGAAAAUGAGUGACUACCCUUUUUAGUUUCUGUUUGUUCAAGAGAGAAUUGGAGAACCUGAGAUUUAGACAAUUUGUUUAGACAUUGCAAAUUAAAAAAAAAAAAAAAAA